AUGUGUGCGUCGAUGGCAUACGGAUGGAUAUUCCUAUAGGACAAUGGAUGCCGGGGGCAUCUGGCAGAAGGAAGACUUGUUUGUGGGCAGAUGCAGAAGCAGCAUACUUAAUGCCCUAUUCGCUGCCAUUCUUGUUGCUAUAUGUUUCGUCGCCUUACGAUGAACCAGGAGCAGAGGUAAAAGUUCUCAGGUGAGCGCUUCGAUGACACCAAUCAAUCAAUGUAUCAAUGGUACAGAAAUUAGGAAACGGAUCUACGUGCUAGUGAACCGUUGGAAGACGUCCAUUUCGUUUGUGUGGAACGCUAGGUCUGUAAUAGUUAGAAGUAAAAAUGCAGUCGGCCAGGGAGCUACGGCAAUCUCUAGCUGAGGCCAGGGACAACAAGACGCAAAAAGGACGCAGGGACUCUUUGGAAAAAUGUAGGAACCUGUUAAAACGUUCGAUCCUUCAAGCAGAAUUGGACGCGAAUGGAGAUAUAAGUUCAGAGAGUCAGGGUGUGACUUGGGGAGGGGUCCUCGACCUCACGGGUGUCGUGCUCAGACAGAUUCUUCAGAAAAGCCGAGGAAAAGAAACACCGGGUACGCGUGAGGAACGCGAUGCAGCGGUUAACUUGCUUGAUAUGGUCGUCGGCCUAAGUAUCCAAAAGGGCGGACGCAUCAAAGCAAGUGAGGUUGUCAAAUUAAUCAUCUCCAUGCUACGUGAUGAGGAAAAUCGACCUCUGGUUGGUCGGCAGUUUUUACGAAUACUCAAGCAGCUGCUUAGAGCACCGCACCAUCAGGCCAACCUUACUUUCGUAUAUUAUAAUGGUCUGAUUAAAAUUCACACGAGCUUCAUCAACCAAACGACGGUGUUCAAUCCUGCCGAAGUUGCAGAAAUGCUUCAUGCUUUAGUCAAAGCCGCAAUCAACUUUUCUGAGGUCGAUGUCGUUCUGUGCUCCUGUUUCCUGGAGAGGAUUGUGAACAAAUUGACGGUUAAUCGGUCUCAAGCGUCAACGGGGCUUAUGCUUCACGUGCUUGGCAUAUGGCGUCUCCUCUGCGAAAGCUACAGCGAAGAAUACCCUACAACGUUUUCAAGACUAGCGAAUACCCUUCUUGUGCCAACAGCCCAAUCGUGCCAUGACAGCAAAGACAGUCAUCUCGAAGGCAUGCUGUUCCUAAUAAUGGGUCAGAUAUCUCUAGUUAGUGACCGUGCAGCAAGGAUUCUACUUCUUGAAUGGACUCAAGACACUGCCGAGAAAGCCUUACGUUUCGGCCGUCUCCGUAAUAGUCCUCAGCUGAGAACAAUUCUUGCAGCUGCAUUAGCAACCUGUGCUGCAACAUUAAUGGAGGAUAAAGACAGGUUUACGUUAGACAAGCACAGAAGCGGAGAUGGGCCGUCAUCCAAUGAUGCAAACAGUGCCUCUAAACGAUUGAAGGUUACCACAUUUGAGUUAGGAGUGCUUGCCGGUUUCGACAAUUAUAAGAAAGCUCGAAAUGAUCUGGGCGCUACUAGCCUUUGGUUGGAAGUAGUGCAGAACUACGUUGAGAAGUGUCCAUCGACAGUCACUCCAGGGGCGUGUGAGAGUCUUAUAAAGGAAGUAUGCUCCGAAGUGUUAGUUCGGCCGCUCAAUGUUCGAGCACAUCUCAUUGAUGUUCUCAAAUCUCUCUUAAUAUUCCAAAAGGCAAAUAAUCGUGAUCCGUCCCAACAAGUAUUGGACGUUCUCGUACGGACGCUUGAUGCCAAUCAUUGCGUUGAUAAUGUCUAUUCCAUUAUGGACCUAAUUUUUAAGUCGAAUACCGACACAACAUCAGUUCGAAAGGCCCUUUUUCGAGGACAUCAUGUAAAAUCUGAAAAAGGGAUGGUUGUUUUAAGGAAGCUUUGCAUCCACAACCAGAUCUCGCAGGAGCGCUAUCAGCCGCUUGAAUGGAUAUUCGGUUUAAACACGAAUCAGCUAGCGAUGAAAGCUAACAUCAUCCUCGCAUUGUGCCUUAAACGGACGUCCUGCGCCUUCGGUCCUGGAAAAUUAACAGUAGAAUGCCUUCCACAUAUCGUUGAUGAAGUAUGUCAUCGGCUAAACUCUUGUAUGAAUGAGAGCGUGCAUUUUCUCUACGUGGCAGUGUUAUUCAUUUUGAAAAUCUGCCGGGUCCGAAAUCAGCCUGCAAUGUUGGAACCAUUGAUGGUUGGAGUCCAGGAGGCUCUUCGGGAUCGUAUGAAGUCUUUAACACUAACACACGAUGAGCUAAUGUGUAUUAUUGAAUUGCUACAAGAUUGUCGUGAUCACUUCAUUAACAGGGUGAUCAAAUUCAACUUUGCGCCGUUCGUGCAAGCAGUCCUCAGAGAGCUCACCGAGAAGUUUCUAAGCAGUAGUCGCACUCAACUUGAAAUGGCGAUGGGCGUUGAUUUACCCCCCUCAGAUGAGCCUGAUUGCGAUGGGAUGCGGCUAGACGAAGAGCUGAAAAAGUUGUCCGCGAUGUGUCGUUUUCUUUCUCUACACAUCCUUGUACAAUGCAAAUCUGCUGAGCAAACUCGAAUCGAACGGGCUCGUUCAGAUAUUCAACGACUGCUCGAAAUUUUAGCAAAUUUACCUGAGGAAAGACUCAAGGGUCCACUAAUGGUACGGAUUUUAGCUCUGUUGGUGCAGCCUCUUCUACAGGAACAGUGUCUUUGGAAGGAGGACGAUGAUCAGCUUUUGGAACAAAUAGGAGCGAUGCUCAAGACACAGCUUGAGCUUACGUUUAAUAAGCCGGAUCUAAUUGAAUUAAUAAUGCCUUCUAUCAAAAAUUACAUUCUCUGCUCGGCAAGUGUUUAUAAUGAUAGAGAUACGCAGGUCACAAUUUUAGCUCGCCAUCUCAUCCGCAGACUUAUCGUGAGUUUUCAAGAGUUUCAAACUCAUAAUACGAUGUUUGGAAAAGCCGUUCUCAACGUGCUUAGGAGUGCGGUUGACAUCGACCCAAAAAAACAGUGGCUUUAUUUUAAUCCCUCUGGCGAAGAUUGCCGUAUCGGCAUCGUUGAACUCCUUGUUGAGAAUGUCAACUGUCCUGCGUACCAUAUUAGGAAGGAGGUGUCAAUACAAAUACCUCCACUGUUCUCUCACCCUGAACUCUCCUUAAAUUCGAAAAAGCUCUUGCUCGACCUAAUGUUUGACUCAUACGGCACUUUUACAAAGGGUAUCAUUGAGAACGUGCAGGAACAACAGAUGCAAUCGGAUAGUAAGGUAUCAAACUCGAAGGAGAACUUCACCGAAAAACUUUCGUCGAGCGUGACUCUAUUCGGUAGAAUUCUUAGUCAGCUAAGACUGACUGCACCGCGUCUUACGGCGCAGUCGCUUGCCAACUGCUGUCGUCUAUGGAGGGCGAAAUGUCUAUUGGAUGAGAAUCUUUUGGAGCUGUUUCGCAGUAUGGGAGAUAUUGAUGAACUGCUGAAUCAACAUUUAUCGCAGCUACUUGUGGUAUGGCAUAAGCGGUUUAUGUGCACAUUCGAAAUGGACGAGACGGAUAAAAGCUUUCCAUUCUUCAUUAGUAAGGACGUGAGACAUUUUAUGAGCAAAUUUGGUCACAUCGUGUUUCCGACACUUCUUAUGUUAGGCAAUACUGAAGCGCGUGAUGCGAUUCGAGGUGCGUUUGGGGGUUCAUUAGCAACUUACUUUGCGCCGGUAGCCGCAUGCUGCCUUCUCAACAAAGAAAAUUCCAGGUUUUUCGCCGAAUUGACAAGGUCGCUGGAAGUGGAUAAAAAAAUGGCCGAAUUUCUGAUUCCAGUUUAUACGCGAAUCAUUUUGUCGUUACGGGCAAGCUCGGAACUGGAUGACAUAGAAGUGACUUUUGAAGCGGACGCCGUUGCGAUGGCUUUGGGUAGAGCAGCCUCAUUAUUGCAGAAUACUCAACUGCCGCAAGAAGUAGAAUCAAUUGAGCCAUGGAUGCCGUUCACUCUGAAGACUGUCCCCCAAGCAAAAUUACUACAGCUAAUUGCGAACGUGGUCUCGUCACCUCAACUGAUCCAUAACCCGGUCCGAUGUAUGAAAUGCCUUACAUUUAUCGUCACCUACAUUGUCAUACCAUUGGCAAGAUACGGUGGUAAUAGUGCAGGCUGUGCUCUGCCAGCUGCAACAUCAAUGCUGUUCGCUCGUUGUUGUCAGCUGCUGCUCGAUUUUUCUGAUGAGCCUGAUAUUCGACAGGACUGUGUGCCUGCUCUGGCCGCACUACUCGACUUGGGCACAGAUACGACACUCCUGAUCGCGCCCGCCUUGGCUGUGACAGAACGUCUACGCGAUGACGAUUUAACCCGGUGUCUCUUUGCCCGCAUAGGCGCUCUAACAGAUCUAGUUGUGUUUCGACCCGAUGGUCUCGCGGGAUCGCUAAAACUUAACGAUAUGAUAUCGCUUAUACGUAGCGUAUACUUCUACAUGACCAAUGAUCAAAGCGUUCACCCUGUGAGACUUUUGGCCCGCAUCCUUCGUCAUCCCGAGCUGCGGCGAUCACUCUUCUCGAUGGUAGAACAUAACGGACUCAAGCUACAAGCGCAAGACAUUUCAAUUAAAGAGUAUCCAGGCUACGUCCUUUUGGCUGUGAUCCUUGACCGAUUAAAGACGUCUUCAGGACCGGAGACGGCAGCAAUUUUUUCCUGCCUUGACACACUAGGAGCGGUGCCGUUACAGUCUUGGACGCUGCGGCCUUUUCUGCACGAGUUCGACAAUCCGCCACUGCCAUACCUAUGUCUUCCUGAUGCCGAUGGAGCGGCCGGUAGUGGCGUUAUCGUGUCUUUUGCGCAGCACCGAAUCGUAGAACGUCUGCUCUCCGCACUUCAAUCGGGCUCACAAUCUCACCUAAAUGUUCUCACAGAUUGCCUGGUCGAAUUGUUUAGGGGUGACAUUGGAGUAGAAAUCACCUCAUCGUUCGACUCCAAAAACAGCCUUCUCGCUGACCAUGUGGCAGCAUUCAAAUCACAAAAGGGCAAACGGGUUCUACCCAUUAUCCAUUUCGAUGAAGCGGACGCGCAAAGAUCUGACUUCGACUUGGCUUCGUUUGUAUUGCGCAUCGGCACCGAACAAAACGAGGGAUCAUGGUUCCGUGAAGCCACUGAGAUUCUUAUUGCUGCCAGCGUUGAUACGUUUCUUAUGACAAUCAUGCCGUUAUGCCAAUGCGACGAGAAGUUGUGCUCCGAUAUCUUUCCGAGUGUUAUGUACUGCGUUCAUGCGCAGGUCAACGGGAGACCUCUGCUGAACGAUUUGGUUACUAAAGCGUUUGGCCAAGUGGGAAACGUUAAUCUGGAAGGCUCAUGGACCCCUGGAGCUAAAAUCAUUUACACGAGGCUAGUGCAGUUUGUUUGUCUUCUUCAUUUACAUGGGGAAAGCAUCGACCAAAUUGAUUUAAUGGCAGUCGCUCAGACAGCUUGCCUUUGUGGCCUCCACGAAAGCUCAUUAUUGCUCCUUACUUUAUGGUGGGAGCGAUUUAACGCUCGGGAGGGUAAGCGUCAUCCAGUCGCGUUUCACGAAUACGACGGCAAAGUGAACAUGUCAGCUGUUCAGAAGAUUCUAGUGCGAUGUUGCGAAGCUUUGGGGGUUCGCGAUAGUCUUUUCGGCUGUUUUUCCCGUCGAGCAAGUGACGACGUGGUACGAAGGGCAUUAGGGCAACCGUUUAAUCAUCUGGAGAUUCUCUUCGAAAAAGGGGAGUUUCGCGCUCUCCGAGAUAUGGUACGGCUUGGAUCAGGCUCUGACAGUAUUGUUCGAACGUUCGAGCAGUACGCGGUGGAUUGUGCGUUCCGACUUGGAGAAUGGGACCAGGUUUCGGAGGAUGGAAACCCAGUGAUGUCGUUCCGAGAGUCAACGAUGCUUGGCCUAAUCGGAAUUAGCUCAGCGGACGGCCAGCUGCUGGAACAGGCUGUAAAAGCGUGCACAAACGCACUAAUAUUGAAGGCGGCCAACACUAAUUUAAAUAUAACUUAUGAGGUUAUUCGGUUCUUAGUGCGCGUCGAUCAGGUGCAAUUGCUUCAAGGCUAUUUGGAGUCUCGUAAGUACGCUGGCGGUGUAAGCACUGCAGGGGCCUGGGAUAGCUUUACCAGUGCUAGCGAACGUCGAUUCAAACGGGAGAUACCCUUUGAGAUAUCUGAAGAAUAUCUUUGGCUUAAAACGGCAAUAUUCAAGACCCUACCGCACAUCGAUGUAGGAGAACAUCUAUUAGGGUAUGGCACUGCUGCCGUGCAAUCAUCAAAGUUGAACUUGGCCCGCGCUGCUCUUCUGCAGCUCGAGGGUGUACGGGACUCCGAUAAACUGCGCUUCGCUUACCUUCAAGCUGCCACUCAGGCCCAUAUCGAUGUCAACGAUAUAAUGACGGAACAAUUGAGUGCUCGAUUAAUGGCUGAUCUGGCAGAAAUGGACGCAGACAACUCAGUUACUGUAAAUGAGCUACGAGCUCGAGCUAUGCUGCUUCGUGGCCGCGUUCUUAGUGCCACUCAGAGAGCUACCCCGUUGGACAUCGCCGAGCAUUACUUCAAACCGGCAAUACGUAUUCUCGAGAAGUGUGGUGAAAGUUAUCGCCUCCAAGAAGAACGAGUUCGGGCGUAUCGGGAAUUAGCGGCAUUCGCGGACGAUUGCGCCCGUGGCCUUGCUGAAUAUUUCCACUCAUCGGCGUACCUUGAAGACAACAACUACCUGGCUCGGGAGGGUAACAUCCGAAGCGGUGCAUCAGAACUGGAGGAGGCUGACAUCCGACAUCAUAAGCUGAUGCUGCGGGAUAUCGAUCAAUUGAAAGGUCAGAUUCAGGACAAGAAAGAUUCUUUAGCCGGACUCGCUGUCUCAGCGUUAUCCAACUAUCUCCAAGUGCUUCGCCUGGCACAAGACCAGAACAUAAAAUAUCGGGUUUUCUCGCUUUGGUAUUCGCAUAAAGAUGACUGCGACGUUUCCGGCUGUCUUCAAGGGCCAAUGGAGGAACUGACAUCGGAAAAAGGUGCCAUACCUGUUCAUGGCUUCGCCGAUAUGUUCUAUCAGCUCGCAGCUUGCAUGGCUGUUCCGAUCAGUGGACGAAAGGACGAAUUAUUCCAGCGACUACUGCAGCAGUUAGUGCUCCGCCUAUCACGAGCGCAUCCAUUCCAUUGUGUACCCACCCUGCUUUUGCUAGCGAAUCCACGACUUGGGCAGCAGGCGGCUCAGGGCGUUAAUCUACGAACAAAACUUGAAGAACUCGAAGAUCGAGGAAAAGCCGCUCAAAAGUUACUCGAUCAGUUAAUGCGCGACGCCAAAUUGAAGGCUUACAUUACGAACCUUGAAGUGCUGGCUGCAGCCUACGCUGAAUUGUCUGCGGACACCUCCGUUCAACAGGGACGAGGCACGAUUAAAAGGCAGAGUCCAAUCGUCUCAAAGAACCGCCAUUUUGGAGAUUUGCCGAUUCUCACGGAGGAUAUCCCAAUUUGUCCUGAUGGAAAUUACGACCAUGUGGAACGGAUAAAAGAUUUUAUCCCUGAAUACGAAAUAUGCGCAGGUUUGUCGAAACCAAAGAAAAUGAUCGUCCGCGGUAAUCGUGGUACGGCGUUUAUUCAGUUGCUCAAGGGAAAAGACGACCUUCGUCAAGAUGCCGUUAUGCAACAACUCUUCAAGGAGGUAUCGCGUUUGCGCUCAGAUGACGGUCAGUUCCGGGUGCGUGUUCGAACCUACAAGGUGGUACCGCUAUCUCGCUAUGUCGGGGUCAUUGAAUGGGUGCGCAAUACCACGCCGUUGGCCGGCGUCCUUGUCGGUAGAAAAGACACGCUUCACGAAAAAUACAAUCCAGCCGGAAGCUUGCAUCCGCGCCGCGCUCAUGCCGCUAUGCAGGAUUUGGCUAAGGCGCCUACAAGCGAAGAGAAAAAGGCACGCUAUCUCGAGUUAUGUGCGCAAUUUCCGCCAGCGUUUCGAUUCUUCUUUCUUGAACGAUUUCGUGACCCGGUCGCGUGGCUGGAGCGUCAACGAGCUUAUGUAAACAGUCUAGCGAUUACGUCCAUGGUUGGCUACAUAAUUGGGCUCGGGGACCGUCACACCAAUAACAUUCUUAUUGACUGUGAUACUAGUGAAGUGGUCCAUAUUGAUUUGGGUAUCAUAUUCGAACAAGGCAAACUAUUGUACACACCGGAAUUGGUGCCCUUCCGUCUAACGCGAGACAUGGUCGACGGUUGCGGAAUAUUUGGCGUCGAAGGCCAGUUCCGAGUGACAUGUGAGCGUACGCUUGAGAUCUUGCGUAAGAACUCCCAGUUGUUGAUUGCUAUAGUCGAGGUUAUUCUCUUGCACGAUCCCCUGGCUUUAUUUUCAGGAAAGGCCAAAGCCGCAGCCGGACGUAAUAAAGAUAACCCACUCAAAGAGGCGCAGAAAAAUUUUACGAACGAUCAGUUUCGUGACCGGGUCCUCCAGCGACUACUGGAUAAACUCAAGGGCAUCGAUGAUGUUCACCCGUUAAGUGUGCAGGGCCAAGUAAACGUUACUAUCCAACAGGCGGUAGAUCCUCAACGACUCGCGCAAAUCUUCUACGGUUGGAGGCCGUACCUUUAGAGGCAAGCCGCGACAGAGACGAAAAAGUAUCCUGUGAUGGUGUUAAAAAAGGCUGAAUAAAAGACUGUUUAUCGGCAGCGAUUCGUUAACAAGUUUAAUUGCUCACUUCGUCAAAAUUAGGCGUCAAGCGUUGAUAAUAGUAUAAAUGUGUGCGGGAUAAUCUGGGAGGGAAGAUAAAAGUGCACAGAGAGGAUGUCAUAUGGAGUUUUAUGAGAAAAUUUCGAAGGGCAUUUUCUUUCUAUAUUAACAUGGUGUUUUUACAAAUCAGUCAUUAUAUAUUGUAUUAUGCAAUGAGAGGAUGCCUAAGGUAAAAAAUUCACUGUUGCUUUAUGUAUCGAUGGGUGGUAAUGGCACAUGCGAGCGUUUUGGACAGUGCAAACAUAAGGGAAUGUACGUUAUGCAAUAUUCCCUAUUCUAACAAAAAUAGCAAUGUGGUAACAUUAUGUCUGUUAUAUUUCGUGAGCGCAAUCUAGCUGGUUUUUAACUGGGCAGAAAAGAACAAGCUCUUUAGGGUUGCAAACAAAGCCAAUGAUUCUGUACCACUUUUUAUGAACAAUAGACGAAUUGCAGAUUUAAGUGCUGUCCAAGAAUGUAGCUUUCAUGGACGAAACAAUACUCUGCUCGUACUCGGAUUAUAAUUAAAGUCCUAACAACCGCGCCUGAUUAAAUUUUUACAAUUCUAAUAAUUUCAAUGCAGUUUAAUGAACUUCCAGAGUAAUUUACGGAUUUUGUUUGUAGGUCAAAGAGUUUCAUUACGGAUUAUAGCAAAUCAGUGAUAAAAGUACGGUCGUGAAGGUCGAAAAAAGUGAAUUUCCUAUUAGGCAGGCUUAUUGCGUAUUUACUCAGCGAAGACUAAUUUUAUAAAAUAUUACACGUCGAGCGGCAUACAGACCAGAUUUGUAGUCUGAUUCUGGUUACAAUAGCUUUUACCUGUGUUCAUAACUAAAAAAUUACCUUGCUGAAAGAUAGUACUAAAAAUCCAAAGAGCUCAUUGCUUACCAAAAGAAGAGGGAAUAACAGGCAAACAGUAAAAGCGAUGUAUAGCCUCUACUAAAACAGUUAUUUUUAUCAAAGUAUUUUAAAACGCUGGCAUUUGAUCGCUAGGCAAAAUUAUAUAGGAAUUCAUAUUUUGUGCGCACGUAUAAAAAGUAUCAUGCAAGUGUUUAUAUUGCUUAUAUGUUAAGACAAUACAUGUAUGUUGUUUUUAUCAUGUUUGUUGUAAAUGGAUGUCACGGAUGGAAGUACAGAAAAUCAGAUCACCUCAAAGAAAGAAAAAGAUCAGAAUUAUAAUUAUUGUAAAAGUUUUAUCAGCGACCUUGAGACUGUGCGAACAUGAAACUAAGUUUCUUAUAAGGUAGAAAGAAUAAAAAAAACUUUCUUCUUACGCUAAAUAUAACUCGUUAUUCAUUCCUUAUUAUUGGUC